GGACGGGCAAAGUUCAGGGAACUGCGACAAAAGUGCACCGCCAUGGCAGGUUGGCUAAAGAUCGGAAAGCUGCAUCUCUCUCCAGAGCGGUAUGUUGCAAGCUUUAGAACUUAUAGAGCUGCGAAGGAGGUUAACCUGGAGAACUACUUCCAGUUCUACGGAUCAAAUGUUCCAGACACUAUCCCGUGUGAGUCAGGAGUGCGUGUGCUGGGGAUAGGGAGUGGAUCAGGGGAGAUUGACAGCGUCAUAUUAAAGAGGCUUCUACAGCGCCACAACAAUGUGUACAGCAGGGUUGUGGAGCCGUCGGAAGAAAUGAUCGGCCGAUACAAGUCACUGGUACGUGAGGACGCGAGCCUCGGCGCUGUGGAGUUUGACUGGCGCCAGCAGACAGCAGAAGAGUACUUCACAACAAAGGAAGACACCACGUUCCACCUGAUCCAUGCGAUACACGUUCUGUACCAUGUAGAAGACCUUCACGCCACCUUGCGGAACACAUGGGAACAGCUGGCAGACGGUGGCUGCUUGUUCAUUGCCAUGCAGUCAGAUAAAAGUGGUUGGGGGAACAUGUGGAAAACGAUGAGGGAGACAUUCAUCCAAGAUGACCCUUUGAACACGAGACUUCGUCAUUCUGGUGACGUCAAACAGUGUCUUGACGCCAUGGCCAUCAGUUACGUCACUUCAGAGGACGAAAGCCACAUCAACGUCACCGAGUGUCUCAAGGAAGACUCAGAGACAGGAUCGCUGCUUCUUGACUUCCUCACUCAAACGCCUGAUGUGUCCAAUGAACCACAAAUCAAAUCAGUGGUUCAGGAACAUAUUCGGCGUAACUGUUCGGUGAUUGAUGGCAGGACUCUCCUCCAAUCAAUCAAUGAAAUCAUCAUUGCUUUCAAAAGUGGCUAAGAAGAUGAGUAACAUGUGAUUUUUAAUUCAGCACCUCAUUUGCAUUAGUUGUUAGAAACCUUAAUACUAGUAAUACGUC